AUGGUAGUGCUAGUUGUGGAGGUUGCUAUCUCCAGCCUCACCUGUCAGCCGCCUCCUGACACCAGCCUCACCUGUCAGCCGUCUCCUGACACCAACCUCACCUGUCAGUCGUCUCCUGACACUAGCCUCACCUGUCAGCCGUCUCCUGACACCAGCCUCACCUGUCAGCCGUCUCCUGACACCAACCUCACCUGUGAGCCGCCUCCUAACACCAGCCUCACCUGUCAGCCGUCUCCUGACACCAACCUCACCUGUCAGUCGUCUCCUGACACUAGCCUCACCUGUCAGCCGUCUCCUGACACCAGCCUCACCUGUCAGCCGUCUCCUGACACCAGCCUCACCUGUCAGCCGCCUCCUAACACCAGCCUCACCUGUCAGCCGUCUCCUGACACCAGCCUCACCUGUCAGUCGCCUCCUGACACCAGCCUCACUUGUCAGCCGUCUCCUGACACCAACCUCACCUGUCAGCCGUCUCCUGACACCAGCCUCACCUGUCAGCCGUCUCCUGACACCAACCUCACUUGUCAGCCGUCUCCUGACACCAACCUCACCUGUCAGCCGUCUCCUGACACCAGCCUCACCUGUCAGCCGUCUCCUGACACCAACCUCACCUGUCAGCCGUCUCCUGACACCAACCUCACCUGUGAGCCGCCUCCUGACACCAGCCUCACCUGUUAG